AUGGCAGAACCCACUACAAAUGACUGGCUUAGUAUAGCUAAAGGUUACUUUGAAAAGACGCAGUUCCCGAAUACUGUUGGUGCAUUAGAUGGAAAACAUAUACGGAUUGAGUGCCCAAAAAGUAGUGGCUCGUUAUACUAUAAUUAUAAACACUUUUUUUCACUGAUUCUUAUGGCUAUUUGUGACUCAAAUUAUUGCUUCCAAAUCAUCGAUGUAGGGUCAUUUGGUAAAGAAAGUGAUUGUAAUGUGUUUAAGACGUCAACGUUUGGUAAAAAACUUUAUGACGAUAAAUUAAACUUUCCACCUGAACAAUGUCUACCGAACGAUGAACUUGGUUCACCACAACCAUUUGUUCUCGUGGCCGAUGAAGCUUUUGCUCUUCACAAGAACCUAUUACGUCCCUUCCCAGAUGCUGCAGUUAUAAUAACAAAAGCUUGUUGUGUGCUACACAAUUUUGUACGUCGCCGUGAUGGCUUUAGUGUUGAAGAUACCAUGAGUAGUUCCUGCAUGGAGAGUGUUCAAAGAAGAGGAGUAGGAAACAUUCAAAAAAAUGCCAAAGACGUCAGGGAGUAUUUUGUAGAGUACGUCAAUAACCCGAACCAUGCACUUGACUGGCAAAAUACAAUAAUUGGCAAAUAA